AUGGCUUCGAUUUUCACCUACGAUACGGAACCAACACUAGUGGCGUCACCAUGGCUUACUCCUACUCACACCCCCAACCCUUCGACACCUCAACCCAACGUUCGAAUUAGAUCUCCAAACGCACCCCUCAAUUCGGCACAACUUUCUGAUUAUGGGGUCACUCGUUUGGAGGCUGAGCCACAGGAGGGCCCAACCGAAUACAAGUUGCAUCUUUUAUUGAGACCACGAAGGGGAUAUAGCUCUUCAAGCACGGCAUCAAUAGCUUCAACUGCUCUCCAGCAAAGGCAGUCGUCUGGUCAAGCUCUAGCUCCUUCAAACCAGACUCGACAAAGUCGUCUAGAGCAAUUGACCACUCAACUCUUGUGGCGACUUCAGCAGUCAUCUCCCUAUCACGCAUCUACAACUAGCGAUUUGGUUUUGCCUAAGCUUCCGGAAUCUGCUUCCAGUUUAGACACGCCAACAAGACCCGGGAAGCUUCUCGCGGGGCUGGAAGAAAGUAGAGGAGCUCUAUAUGAAAUCGGUGUAUCUGACGAUGGAACUUUUGUUGGCCUUACCAAAGAUGAGAUGGACGAAAGUUUGACGAACUUGAAAGCAAUGGCAGCUAGUCUUGGUUGCAAUGUUGAAGUUGUGCGUAUGGUAAUGGUAGGGGAUUGUGAGUGGCAUGAAUCGUCCAGCCCAACACCAGCUUCGAUGACUGGUGAUUCUCAUCUGACCCAAGCUACGAAUGGCUCCAGUGAAAUAAAAGUUUUACGGCAUCAAGCACAGUUAUGGGUUGCCGAAGCACUUAUAACUCCCGAUUUGUCUUCUAGAGAAACUCAAUCGCGGAAAACCCCUGUCAAUGCAGGAACCGCCGUUGAUGUACCCACUCCCCAAGGAAACGAUGUUCUUGACCUUCCAGAAAUGAAAUCUUUUGAGACCACUGAGCAAUUACGAGUCACCUUAACAGGACCAACGACUUCUGGGAAAUCAAGUCUUCUUGGUACCCUAUCCACCGCGACACUCGACAAUGGUAGAGGGAAAAGCCGAUUGAGCCUUCUGAAACAUCGCCAUGAGAUUGCUUCAGGAAUGACUAGCUCUCUAGCCCAGGAAUUGAUCGGAUAUAGUGAAGGCAAAGUCAUCAACUUUGCCUCUGGAAAUGUUAGUUCUUGGACCGAUAUCCACGCUUCUGUAGAGCAUAGCAGACUGGUGUUUUUCUCGGAUUCAGCAGGUCAUCCAAGAUAUAGGAGAACGACCGUUAGAGGUCUUGUUGGUUGGGCCCCCCAUUGGACGGUGCUUUGUAUUGCAGCAGAUGACAGUGAAAAUGCCCCGGUGAGCGCUGGUGGGACUUCAUCCGCUCAAGAGAUCUUAGGGACCACCUACGCUGGUAUUGAUCUCGCGAAAGCUCAUCUUGAGCUGUGUCUGAAACUGGACAAACCUUUGGCAAUUGUUGUCACGAAGCUUGAUCUUGCAUCGAAGAAUAGUUUACGACAGACUCUGGCAAAAGUUCUGACGGCCGUCAAAGGCGCAGGUCGCAUUCCUUCGAUAGUUCCCCCAGAUCAUUCUAAAGCAGUAUUGGUGUCGGACUUGGCUACUAUCCCAAAAGCCGAUGCAGACAUAAUUCAACGCACUGUUGACCAGAUGACAGCUGCUGAUGGCCUUACAUCCAUUGUCCCUAUUAUCAUGACUAGCUCAGCAAAAGGCACUGGCAUCCGUUCGUUGCAUGCUCUGCUUCAGCAGCUGCCAAUACCACCCAUUCCAACCGCACUUGACUAUAUUGGCCCAGUCCUCAAUCCAGAACAACCUUCUUGCCUAUUCCACAUUGAGGAUAUCUUCGGUCUCCCUGCUGCGUAUGAGCCACUCGCCUCGAAGGGAGUCGUGACCGGCGACAAAAGUGAUACUGGAAUCGUGAUAGCUGGCUACUUGAGGUUUGGUCGACUAUCAGUUGGAGAUGCAAUUGUUGUUGGCCCUUUUCCGGCUGAAUCGGACGAUGAAGAUUUGCUCCUGGGGAACCCAGUUGCCAAAUCUUCCCCCAACAGCUUCGGAGCAUCAUUAUACCAUCCAUCGACCACUGAACUCUCAAAGGUUGCCUCUCGAAAUUUGGUCUCCGCGUCUGUGACUAAAGGAGAAUGGCACAAUGCUCGUAUCGUCAGUGUACGUAACCUUCGACUCCCAGUUCACACACUUGAAGCUGGUCAGGUUGGAACACUAGGCAUCGUUUUUGAUCUAUCUCAUGAGGAAGAUCUAAAUAGUCUGUCCGAGCCAGCAACUCCAAAAAUGCCUCGUGUACGGAAAGGUAUGGUUAUUGCUGUUCCAAGUCGCCAUAUGGUAGUCACAGGUCAUACUCUUCAAGCAGCAAGUGGUUUCACGGCAUCCUUUGAGGACGGAGACAUCAAUUCUGUCACGCCUGGGAGUCUAGUUGUUGUGUACAUUGCUAGUAUCCGAGCCCCUGCGAAGGUCUUGAGGGUAUCACCACAUGAAGAGAAUAAUUUUGUUAACCAUCUCGCGGAUCAGAUGGAUGAUGUAUUUGGAUUGGAUGACGCAGCAGAGAAGGACGAUGAGCAUGAACCAUUAGUAUUCGGUUCAGAUGGCAUUACGGAUCUUACCUUCGAGUUGAUCACCACGCGUGAGUGGAUAGAGCUCGGGUCGCAGAUUCUGGUAAUGCCUGGUGGAGGUCAUGGUUUGUAUUACGGUUCGGAGAGGGGAGAAAAGGGUGUUGCUGGCCUCGAAGGGUUUGUGGGUAGGGUCACUGAAGUUGUAGACUAG